UUUUGGGCGAUUUUGCUUUGGAAAAAUUCAACUAUGGCCAUGGAGGUCAGCCAUACGCUCAAAAGGUACAACCUCCGUCCUCGUCGUGCUCACAAGAGAGUGGGAUGGUGUGCAUCAGGUAGCCUUCGACAAUGUAAGAGGCAUAACCUACGUCCUCGCACUAAUGAUCAGAAGAAACAGAGGUCUUCUAUCCCUUACCUUUCACCAGAAAUUGUCUUCAAUAUUCUCGUCUACCUUCCUGCUGACAUACUUUACAAUGUGGUGAGGUAUGUCUGUCGGGAGUGGUACAAGAUAAUCUCUAGUCCAACAUUUGUUGAUGCGCACCUCCAAAAGGUGGACAGGGGCAUCCUUAUCAGGCAAAGCUAUCCAGAAUACUAUAUACAUUAUGUGGAAAUGGUGAAACGUGAUCUUGAGGUCAUUGAGUUAGACUCUUCUGCUUUGCCAAUAUAUAGUAUGAGUAGCUGUAAUGGUUUGGUGUUAAUGGGUAAAAGUGAAAAGGAAAAUCGUUAUGUUGCAAAUUUGGUUACAAAGGAAGUCGUAAACAUCCCUCCUCCUUCAGCUGCAGCCAAGGCAAAUAUAUGUUUUUCGGCUAUGGGAUAUACUUGUUCCAAGAAAUAUAAACUGGUUGAGUUCUACUAUAGUCAUCAGUGGACAUUAGAAAUAGGGAUCCUGACACUUGGUGUUGAUAAAGAAUGGAGGUGUCUUUGUCAACUGGAUGGAACUUGGAAAUUUGAGAAAUUUAGAGGCAUUGACUUAAUUUUCAAGAAGCCAAUUGUGAGUACUGAUGGGAUUUUGCAUUGGCCACAUGAUCAGCAUCCCUUAGUUCUUAAUUUAGAUCUCGAAACUGAGACUUUCUACAUAUGUGCUGCUCCACAAUGUUCUGAGAUGAAAAGAAGGAGAUAUUUGGGAACUGGGCAGUCACUUUGUUUUAUGGAUUACUUGGGGAAGUUUUCUUGGGAGCUGUGGUUGCUAAAAGAUGCAGAAACUGGAGAAUGGACUAAGCUGGCCAAUAUCGAUCUAGGGCCUCACAAGCAAAUGCUUCGGCGCAGUUUAUGUCCAGGAGGGUUUCAAAUUGUGCCUGUUGGUUGGCUGAAAGAUGGGGAGAUUGUAAUCUUCUACGUUGUACAUGAAGAUGGAAUCCCAAAUGAAAGGUGCUACCAUCAUAAGAUACAUCCGACGAGAAACUGCAUUACUUACAAUGUGAAGACAGGAGUGAUCAAAUCAUUUCACCUGGAGAAGGGUAGGGUUUUUCAAAUGAAUGAGACUUGGAGGUAUAUUCCGCAUGCCAAGACCUUGGUUUCUCCAAAAUUUCCAGUCAGUUAGUUGCUCUUUUUUUCUAUUCAAAAAAGAAAAAAAAUGGAAAAUCAGUAUGAGAUGGAAGAAGAGGGAAGAAAGAUUGGUUGCAAUUAGAAUAGGAUCAUUGUUGUGAGAUGAGUCUUUCUUUCCCCCUUAAUUGAUUGUUGUUGUGUCAUGAAGGUUGGAUUAAUUUCAUUGUUCUUUAUGGUUGCACUGUGAUCGUAAGAGUAUUUCACAUUUUUGUU